AUGAAGCGUGCGAUGGGUAUCGCUUUGGGAAAGGAUGUCGGUGGGGUGUUGGCAUCGCCGAAGCUGCGGAAUUUGAUUUGUCCAUUCUGUGGUGAGUUGACCGCGGAUUCGGGUCGUUGUACGCAUUGUCAAGCGCGGUUCGAUCCCUUGUCGCGUCAGGCGACACAGAACGAGAUGGGGCCUUGGUAUAUCCGAGAUGAUUCGAUGCCGUUCCGACCUGGGUGCAGCUACUCGACUGUCCAGCGGCUGAUUGAGAACGGGGGAGUCCAAGCGAACUCUGUGAUGCGAGGUCCGAGCACGCAUCAGUUCUGGAUGCUUGCGAAGCACACGCCUGGGGUUGCGCAUCUGCUUGGGGUUUGCCAUAGCUGCGGCGAAUCGGUUGAGAAAGAUGCGUUCGCGUGCCGCAACUGUCAUGCAGCAUUUUCGACGGAUCGGGAUCGUCAGCAUCUUGGGCUGGGACCGACGCGGCCGCUUCCGGGCCGUGCUCCGGCGCAGGUGCUCGCGUUGCAUGCUGAGCCGCCAGCGGGUGCGGAUUCUGUUGCCGGGCCGGCGACAAUCCCGAUAUCUCCUGGUCCUCGCGAUGGGGAGCGGAGAGUGUCCGAACUAAGAUCUGAGGGCGGAUCUGCAGAUGAAACUGGAGUCGGCGAGGAGCUUGAUGCGAUUGCUCGGAUUGACGAACUCACAAGGGCUGUCGGGACUCUGCGUCAAGUUCAUAUUCGAAAGUCGCGUUAUGGCUUCACGCUGAUCGAGUUGCUCGUGGUGAUCGCGAUCAUUGCGGUAUUGAUCGGGAUUUUGCUCCCUGCUCUUGGUUCGGCGCGUGCGUCCUCGAGAACACUGCUGUGUACAUCGAACAUGCGUCAGCAUGGGGUAGCAGGAUCGCUGUAUGCGGAUGAUAAUCGGUCCGUGCUCCCGGCUCUCUGGUGGCGAGGGAAUCAGCGUCCUGAUACGCCUUAUGCUGAUUUGUCCAAUCCACUUUCUGAUGUGAAUGGGGUUUCGUUUCAGGCGCUGCACAUCAUCCGAGAGCGGAGCGGGUUCACGAACGCUACCGCCGGGAGUAACUGGUUCUCAAACCUCUGGUUUACGCAUUUGGUUUAUCUGGAUUACUUGUCUGGGAAUCCGGAGGAGCCGGUGGCUGUGUGUCCGGAUGAUGAGGAGCAAUACGAACGAGCGCAGACUCCAGUCGAAGAGUUUUCCAAUGGAACUAUACGGCGCAAGUUUGAGAGUUCCUAUGAGACGAGCGUGUUCACAUACUCGGUUGACAGGCAACGCGGUUCUUUCCGACCACUGUCGCAGAGGUUCAACUCGUAUACAUCAUUUGCUCGUGACCAGCGAUAUCUUGUGGAUCGAAAGAUGACGGACGUUGCGUUCCCGUCAUCGAAGGUAUGGAUGUUCGAUACUUUCGCGCGGCACGGUCGUGACGAGAUUGAGUUGUUCAUGGCGAGUGGGACGAGUCAGCCUAUUCUGAUGUUCGAUGGAUCGGUGAGCGAUCGCGAGACGAAUGAUUCGAAUCUUGGUGUUGAUCCACGUGAUCCAACGAGUGAUGAGCCGAUGACGAUUGAGGGGCUUGAUGAGGUUGAUAUGGGUGAUUUGCCGGGCGUGUUGAUUGCGGACAAGUUUGAUCAGAUCGGGAUCGAUGGUCUCAAAGAGCUUGGUUGUGUGGUUCAUCAGGACGCAGAUCUAGGACCUGAGACAAUUUCUGAUGCGCUCAAAGCGACUGGGGCGAAGGUGCUUGUGGUUCGUUCAACCAAGGUGCCUGCAGCGGUCUUUGAGGAUUGCGGUGAUUUGGCGCUCGUUAUCCGAGCGGGGGCUGGUCAUGACAAUAUCGACUCUGCCGCAGCAGGCGCGAAGGGUAUUCCGGUCUGCAACUGUCCAGGGAUGAACGCGGUCGCGGUCGCGGAGCUCGCGUUUGGUCACAUGGUCAAUCUGGAUCGUCGGAUUCGUCAGCAGACUGAUGAACUGGUGGGGGGUCACUGGAACAAGAAAGAGUAUUCCAAAGCGAAGGGUCUUAAGGGCAGCAAGCUCCUUGUAGUGGGUAUGGGUUCGAUCGGGAUGGAGGUCAUCAAGCGAGCACAGGCGUUCGGGAUGCAGGUCAGUGCCCAAUCUCGCUCCAUGCAUAAGGAAACGGCUCGGGCGCUUGGGAUCAAGAUGAUCGAGUACACACGCGAAGCGCUGAAGGAAGCGCUUGAGGAUGCGGACAUCGUUUCGGUGCAUGUCGCGUUGUGUCCCGAUACGGAUAAGCUCUGCGGACCUGGAUUCUUUGGAGCGAUGAAACCUGGCGCGAUGUUCAUCAAUACUUCGCGCGGCGAGAUCGUUGAUGAAGCGGAGCUGAUCAAAGCGGUGAAGGGGAAGGGCAUCCGCGUUGGUUUGGAUGUGUAUCAGAAUCAACCUUCGAGUAAGGAUAUUGAUUGGAAACCUGAGCUUGCGGAGCUUGAAGGCGUAUCGCUGACGCAUCAUGUUGGCGCAUCGACCGAUCAGGCACAGGAAGCGGUGGCGCUGGAGGUGAUCCGGAUCAUGCAUACGGUCAUUGAGGAAGCUCGGACGCUGCAUGUCGUGAAUAAGGAUUCGUUGAAGGAAGAGCAACUCUGCCCGGCGUUUUGA